AGAACUGAUUCAUAUUACAACUUACUUCAUGAGUGCACCUGUUGUGCACCUGCACCUGCACUGCAAGGUGUUUGAAUGUACAAAUUUCAUUCAUGUACUCGUUUUAGGGCAACCCCAGUAGCCCAUAAAACUUAAAUUAUGUUAUGCCAGUGAGUCCAUCUAUACACUUUGUAAAAUCUAUCUUCACUAUUUAUAUUUUCAGCUACAGAGAGAGGUUCAAUAAUUGGCAUUAAAUACUAACGACAAUGAAGUAAUCUCACACUGAAAGAUGUCGGAUGACAACCAAAGCCAGAUGUUACUGUCUGGUAGUCAAGCCAUGGCAGUUCCAUCAGCAAGAAAAAGAAAACUUAGUUCCCUAGAAGUUGAUGGGAGUGCAAGCUCAGAGGCUGGCUCAAUCACCUGUGAUAACCGACAAGAACAGGUCUUAAGCACAGUAUCAUGGGAAGAACAGAGUUUAUACAACUUGUCCAAGGAGGAGUUAAUCACAUUAGUGAUCCUCAGGGGAAAAGAAAUAAAUAAGGUGAAAGAAGAAAACAAUCUUUUGAGAGAGUUCAACUUCCAACUUCAAAAAGGUCUUCCAAGCUUAAGUAGAGAUCUCCUAAGAACUCUGGAACUAGUAAAAGAAUCGCAACUUACCCCAAACACUGCAUGCUCUGAAGCGCAGAACUAUAGAGUUGAUUGUGGUGUAACACUAGCAAACACAUGGCCAUAUCUAUCCAGUCACGUCAGUAGCACAUACUGUCCUAGUGCCAUACCUAGUCAACAAGAUCUUCCUUCUCCCCCUGUUGAUAUGCGAAAGCACACAGACAGGUUGAGCCUUGGCUCCAGUGUGAUAUCGCCAUGUCUGCCAGCUGGAAGAACUCUGCAAGAGACGAAUCAACGAGACGACAUGGCUGUGAAUUUGGCUGUGAACCGCAGCGGUGGCGGCUGUAGCAGCUUGGCUAACAGUGACGUCUGCAUGAACGUAGCGAAUGGUUUCGGUGACCAGUUAUCGCCGGCGUCGACGAUUACAUCCAGCAUGGCGUCUGAGCAGAUGCGCCCACCAGUGACAAGCACUCGCAUCGGCUGCAGCAGCGCAAGCCGCAGCAUCAACGACAUUGCAAACUCCCUGCGCAUCCCUUUGAUGGCUGGGUCAGAGGGUUCCCCUAAACCUACACAGGAAGAUGUCAUCUCACCUACCAGCAAUGCCACGAGCAACGGCAGCACAUGUGUCUCUCCUAUUGUAGCACAAGGACAGGAUGAUAGUCCUAGAGAUAGAGAUGAAGAAGAGAUGGUGGAGCUGCAUCCUGGUGUAAGCAUACCUGCGCGUCAGCUGGAAUACUGCAAUACUGCAUGGACGUACACACGUCUGGUACGGCAGCUGAUGGUUGCACUGUUUGACCGUCAGACCCUGGCUUCGUCCUCCGUCAUGGGCCGUCGCCCCACCGUCCUGAAGGAUGCCGGAGCAAAGCCAGCGCUGGACCCCUGUAGACGCGAUGCCAUCAUUAACUACGUGCAGUCAAGAUUUUCAAAUAUUGAUCCAACACAAGUGAAACAGGCCAUGGCACAGAAAUGUCGAGAGUUACAUGACCAGUAUCGCCACACAUUGAGGGAUGCGAGUGGAGACAGGUCUGUGGAAAACCAGCUGCCAGUCUACAGUGGGGUUAGUCUACUUGCUAUGAAGAAUGAGUCGACUAGUCUUCAUGGUAGUGAUGAUGACGGAUUGGAAUUCUGAGAAUACUUACAUCCGACACGCAUAUAUACAGCAGUGAGUAGUUUAACGUGGACAAAGCUUGCUGCGGUGAUUCACUAAUAAUGUAAAUUGCUCCACUCGAUUCCACGAUGGAAGAAUGAAGCUCUCCUACAUUGACGUAAUUAAGCCACCAUGUGUUUUAGCUUUGUGGUGGUUAGACAUGUAGCUAUAUAUAUAUAUAUAUAUAUUAGUCACCAGUAGAAUGCAUACAUGUGUGCGUGUGCGUGCGUGUGUGCGUGUGUGUUCUUUAUUGGUGAAUCCUACAGCAAUUGUCAUACGAGCAAUGAUUAAAGAUGGCAUGGAAAUAUGAAAACUUACCGAUUCAAAUGGUUAUAUGAUGAUUGGUGCCAGUAUUGAUCCAUGUCAUGUGAUAUAUCAGUGCUUUAAGUAAAUGUUGUGAUAGGCAGGCAUCUCAAUAUAUUCAUAGUCUCUCUAGUUUAAUAAAAUUUUGAAAAAAACUUGUGAUAUUCACAACUUUAUUACCUUCUGAACUGCUGAAACUGCUCUUCAACAUCAAGGCAAAUUCAAUACAGGCUUCCUGCACGAACUCAUUUUCACACCAUUUCUCUGGAAAUGGUUACGUUGAGCAUUUUCAGUUCAUGCAACUCAGUGCAUUGAUUUAUAAGACCUUUUUGUGACCUAUCAGCUGUAACGCUAGACAGUGCUCUGCAGGGCAGGCAGACUCUGCAUUGUCUAAAACCACUUAGGUACAUAUUUACAGGAGCAUAUAUAUUGGGGCUUCAAAUUCUUUAAGUACUAUCUAUGUGACAGCAACAGGCAGAAAAGUUUUGCAUGUUGAAGGGUUCAAGCAGAACAACAUUCAUUAUCACACUACCUAAAAGUCUGCAUAUUUGCGUUUGAUUUGAAGAUACAGCAGCAAAAAUAGACUGUUCUUUGUUGGCUUAAAGGAACAGUAGCCUCUAGGAUUUUACUGCACACAACUGUACUUAGGCCAUC